GGGUGUUUUGCUUUAAAAAUCUUGCUGAAGCAUACAUUUGUUUGGACAAAAGGCAUCGUGGCUCAGCUUGAACCCCAUCUUCCCUCCCCAUCUCACCUGCUCUCCUGUCUCCUUGUGCUCCCUUCCCUCUUCUCUUCCCCGGGAGAGGUGAAACAUAAAUCCUCUGCUGUGGCUUCUGGGAGAGUUAUUCCUGUAAGCAUCAGAAAAGAUGCAAAUGCCGCGUUGCUGAGUAACUUUGAGGUGUUCCAGUUACUUACUGAUCUUAAGCAGCAGCGCAAAGAGAGUGGAAAAAACAAGCAGAGCUCCGGUCAGCAGAAUCUGAACACAAUCAUGUAUGAAACACUGAAGUACAUUUCAAAAACACCCUGUAGGUACCAGAGUCCUGAGACUGUGAGAGAUUUCCUCAUAGCGAUGAAAGGCCAUAAGCUAACCAAGGCAGAAAAGCUUCAGUUGCUGAACCACAGGCCUGUGACGGCAGUUGAAAUACAGCUGAUGGUAGAAGAAAGCGAGGAAAGGCUAACAGAAGAGCAGAUUGAGUCACUUCUCCAGACAGUCACCAGUAUUCUUCCAGGGGAUCCGGAAGAACAACAGACAGACUCAACAAUGGCAACCGAAGACCAAGGUGACCAAGCGUAGGAGGCAUCUAGACCAAAGCUGCCAACAACAUCAGCAGAAGAGAAUCAGCUAAUAUUUUUCUGUUUUUUACUUGAUACCAGUUUAAUCUUGUAUUGGACAUCACUGUAAAAUAUGUCACAAUUUUUAUUACUCAGAGGUGAUGAGGGAAGCAAUUGUUUACAAGAAAUCAUGGAAAAGGACACUAUUGUUUCAGCAUUUUGUCAUAAACAGGGAUGGUAGUAACUGAGUUUGUAAUGCAGCAGUCUGAGAAAUUAUGGGGCACGGAAUCUGAAGCUUUUGUAUUUUUUCCAUUACCCAUGUAACAGCUGUACAUUUGAAUAGGCUUAUAUAUAGCUGGCAAUGUUUUAAUUAUCACAGCAGUACUAUAAUUAUAAUUGCUUUCAUAUGCUUUUGAAUUGCCCAACUGGUUUUCAGAAUACAGUCUACAAUACAAAGCCAACUUUUGGAGCUGUUUGUGAAAAGGGCUGUUUUCAGUGAUCAGAACAUAGAGUAAUGUACAAGAACUGCUUGGAAUCUGGCCAGACGAUUUCAAGUAGGCUGUUGGCAUCAUGGAAAUGAGAGGAUCUGUUGGUAGGGUAACUGUUCUCAAGGGUGUCUGACAGUCCGUACUUGAUAAAAGAGAGAUCCAGAUCAUCAGCUAAAUCAACAUAUUGCCACUGAAAUUAGCUGAGUUGGACUAGUUUACAGCAGUUGAGACUCCAGACUCAAAUGUUAAGGCUCUUAGUAAGAGAAACAGAAGAACAUUUAGGCAUGAGGUGUGUAUUUUCCGUUUGAAGGUUCGUUUGUUCCAGUAUUUAUGUAUCGACAAGUCAGUCUUGUGAACAUGCUUUCGACUGUGGAAUAAAUGAAUGAAUCAACACCGAAGGGAAGUCCUAAUCUGGUUUAGAAGAAUGAGAAUCAGUCCUGGUUGAAGCAGAAUUUUCUGUGUACUGAGCUUUUAUCUGAUUAAAGAUUUCGGGAUCAAGUAUUUGAUGUUGAAAGCAUUGAUGAUUACAAUAAAUCAUUUGUGUAUAUAUACAUAAAGACAUGAGUUACACACGGCACUGGUUUUAUACUGUGACUGCAAACUAUUCUUUUACAAUUAUAAUGUGCGGGAAAUAGAAAUAAAGUUUGAAGUAUAUCCUGGGAA